AAUGUGGUUGCCAAAUGUCAUUUUGGUGUCACGAGUCUUGAUUAUCGGUAAUCUAAAGUGGAGCUGGCAGAGAGGGGUGUCUUUGAGACCACGCAGCCUGGUCAGUGAUUCUUGUGGAAGUGGUGCGCGCACGCGUCUCAACUGAAUCGAGUAGUCGAGGCUUAACCAUAAUGAGGAUAAUAUUGCUGUGUGCCGUAUUAGGAAUGGCAGUAGCCUUGGAAAAUGGCUGGCAGCCGAUUGUUCAGGAUUCUCCACUUGUCUACUCGACGUACGCCAAAUCGGCCGAAAGAUCGCUUAAUGCAGGCCCCUCAUUAAAAAUACUGAAUCGAAAACCACCCAAGCUGCCUGGUCUUCUGGGAACGAUACCUUCUGGUUCGGACUCCUGCAGUGUGUACAAGGUGUCCAUGAACCAAGAACUUUUCUACCAAUAUGUCGAAUAUCAGACGAAACUCCCCAACCUUAAAGAAUUCACGCUUUGUAUGUGGACCAAAUUUCACAAUCACACUGACGAUCAUCCGCUGUUUUCAUAUGCGGUUGGAGACAGCCCGAAGGAGAUCUCUGCGAUGGUAUCAAAUACGAAAGAGGCAAGCUACUUUAGCACGGCAGUUCAUGGACAAACGUAUUUUAGACUCAACUAUCCCUUGAAGCUUAAUACAUGGUAUCACUCAUGCCAAUCGUGGAAUGGUAAAACUGGCGAGUGGCAGAUUUGGGUAAACGGCGAGCGAGUUGGCAGAGGAUUUCAUAAUAGACUUGUAGGCCAUGUUAUAAAGGGAGGCGGUUCGAUUAUCACAGGACAAGAGCAAUCUUUAUUAUACACUCAAGACGGUUCCGAGCCAAUUUUAAAACAAUCAGGUUUUGUUGGAGAAAUCACUAUGCUUCAAUUGUAUAACGUUGCGCUCACGGCUGGAAAAGCCCAUAGAGAUCACAAACAUCAUCAUGCGCAUCAUUUCAAACACGACGGUUCGCCGUUUGAGGCUUCAACUCCAGCUGCCACGGAACCCCCACCGCCUGUACCCACGCCUAUUGGCAAUGGAAACUUUCUGAUCGCAGGACAGCUGCAAAAACCGGCCAACCUUAAUUUGGCGCGCCCUACACAACAAAAUAAUAUGAUUCCAGUUCAACUUCCGAACGGUCUUCAGCUACAACAGGAAUACGUCAAUGGCCAAUUGGGCAACCGUUUAGUAUCUGAGCAGCUUCUUAACAGCAUACAGCCCGUGUCAACGACAAAUCAUAUUAAUGGAAAUUAUCCCACUCCUCAAGUUGGAAUAUCUGUAAGUCAAAUUGAUCAAGGCCAACGAUUCGAAACUAGACCUUUUGGACAAUCAAAGGGAACUACGGUUGUUCUUUCGGGGUCUCUAAUAAAUCCGGCUAAUGUUCAAUACAUCGAUGAUACAUCUGGGCACAACGUUUUCAAGAGAGACUCAAAGAAACGCGAUAAAAGGGAUAAUCCUGAAAUAGAACUCGCGGAAGAAUUAAGCGGCGCUAGAAAAGAUAAACGUGGCCUGGUAGCUCUGUCAGAUGGCUCUAUCGUGGACGAAGCACUACUGACUCCUGAUCUGCUUGAUGAAAACGAAGAUGAUAUAGUCUUCCAACAAUCUUUGCUGGAUGGAUUGGCUGGCGUCGUCGGAAAUCAACCCGUUCAAAAUAUGCAAAGAGCAACUGUGGAAGACAGAGAGCCUGCGGAGGCCGAAGUGAAGGCGGUCAUGCAAGUAUGCAGCGGAUGCACACCAGAGCCUUUUAAGAAAGCGCUCGUCCUUUCAUGGAGAAGUACAUCCAAAAAGCUAUACAGCGGCGCUCAUUAUUACAAAGGUCUACCGAUAUGUCGAGCGUUUUAAUUAUUUAUAAGAUAAAGUGAAAAAGGCUUCGGUCCAGCGAAGGUUAAAACAUAGUAGACGCGUUUCUAACAAGUUUCAUUGGAAAACAGCGGCCACAAACUCUCCUCUGCUAUACAUACACUUAACUUAAACCAAUUAAAUUAAUACAGCUCAUGAUUAUAACAUAUAGGUUGUCAUGCGACACUGGCCGCUGCCAUAAAUGGCCGAUUCAAAUUAGCAGCUAAGAAGUCACCAUAGAAACGGGUGCGGUAGAGUACAUAUAUUAUGUACUUUGUACAUUGCCCACCACGGUAGAGUUUUCGUUAUGCCAUAAGGAGCGUGUGAAUGCUUCUAUGUUUUAUCCCUCGCUGCUUCGGUCAAGUAAGGCAAAUACUGUUCGGAACCGGGACGGGAUUUUUGCCUCGCCGAUUGCGCCAGUAAAUUUGUGGACUUGCUCACAUUGUACUCGUAGAUAGUCGCAAACGGACAUAAGUGAUUCGUUUUAAUCGAAGCUUCACUAGAUAAUAAUUCUAGUAGAGGAGUGAAUUGUACAAAGAGAUAUUGAUCCUCUCAGUUAAUAACAUUAUAUAUUACAAAAGUUAGUAUCAACACGACUCUAUACUGACUCGGAAAUUUUCUACUAACGCCAACUAAGUAAAAGUUUUGUGUAAAGCAUUUUUAUAAAGAUUCAAUUGUAAGUAUAGACCUAAGUUAAGAACUAUUAAUGUUUGCGUAAAUUUGUAUAAAAUUUUAUAAUUGGGUUAGUUUGUGGAAGAAAAGUACGUAUUCAUAUAACUUGCCAUCUCAUGUUAUUUUAUUUAUUAUAGCCCUAAGAUUAUAGCGUCGACUACUAUCGUUGUCUUUUUUAUAGGUAGUUAAUUAUAAGGUCGACAUGAUUUUUUGUUACCAUUAAAGUUAAUAAAUAAUUUAAAGGA